AUGCUCGCGGCCGACAUCGCUGCUGCUGCUCGCUCCCGUCGCCGCCCCUCCCCCCUGCUCUACCUGCCUCGCGCCCCUCCCCAUCUUUCCCAGUGCCCCCACAGCCAUGGCUCCGGCCAACAGCCAGCGCCGCCGAGCUUCGCAGCCGCCCUCGUCACCGGCGACCCCAACCCCCUGCUCCUGCCGACCAACAAUGCCGCCCCGACCUUGUCUACGGCGAGGACCCCAGCCACCGAGCAAGCCAGCAGCGCAGCCGCCUGCUUGACCCUCACCCAGCCGCCACCUCCUCCAUUCGUGCCCGUCCCACCACCACCCGAUGCGGACACAGCACCACCGACCGAAGGCCAGACGCCGCCCUCUUUCCCCUCCGGGUGA